UAAUUACCUCUGUCGACCUCUGUACCUUCUGGCUUCCUCUACUUCUGGGCAUAAGAGAUGGUCCUCCUUAGGGAUCAACUGUACAGACGCAGGUGGUCAGUAAGGCCGGCAGCUCCCCUGGCUCUACAAGGUCAAGGAGAAAGAUUCGGCCCAUGCCCUCCUUGCAGCCUCCUGGGACUAGCAGGAGGAAAAGAUGGGGGAGACGAGCCUGAGAAAACGGGGAGAGGAUGAGAAGUCGAUCCAGAGCAAUGAACCCAAGACCACAAGCCUCCAGAAAGAGGUGGGCCUGGUCAGUGGCAUCUGUAUCAUCGUGGGCACCAUCAUCGGUUCUGGGAUCUUCAUUUCCCCCAAGUCUGUGCUCAGCAACACGGAAACCGUGGGGCCCUGUCUCAUCAUAUGGGCAGCCUGUGGGAUCCUUGCAACACUGGGUGCGCUGUGCUUUGCAGAGCUUGGCACAAUGAUCACCAAGUCAGGGGGCGAGUACCCCUAUCUGAUGGAGGCCUUUGGCCCCAUUCCUGCCUACCUCUUCUCCUGGACCAGCCUGAUGGUCAUGAAGCCUUCAUCCUUUGCCAUCAUCUGCCUCAGCUUCUCUGAGUACGUGUGUGCGCCCUUCUACUCAGGCUGCAAGCCUCCUGAGACAGUCAUUAAAUGCCUGGCUGCAGCUGCUAUCAUGCUCAUCACGACAGUGAAUGCACUGAGUGUGCGGCUCGGCAGCUACGUGCAGAACUUCUUCACGGCAGCCAAACUGGUGAUCGUGGCCGUCAUCAUCAUCAGUGGACUCGUUCUCCUGGCCCAAGGAAACACAAAGAAUUUUGAAAAUUCCUUUGAGGGCACGAAACUUUCUGUGGGAACCGUCAGUCUCGCGUUUUACAACGGACUCUGGGCCUAUGACGGCUGGAAUCAACUCAAUUAUAUCACAGAAGAGCUUAAAGAGCCUUUCAGAAACCUGCCCCGGGCCAUUGUCAUUGGGAUCCCUCUGGUGACGGUGUGCUACAUCCUCAUGAACAUUGCCUACUUCGCUGUGAUGUCCCCAACAGAACUCCUGCAGUCCCAGGCGGUGGCCGUGACGUUUGGUGACCGUGUGCUCUAUCCUGCCUCUUGGGUCGUUCCACUUUUUGUGGCGUUCUCAACCAUCGGUGCUGCCAAUGGGACCUGUUUUACAGCGGGCAGGCUCAUAUACGUUGCAGGCCGGGAAGGCCACAUGCUUAAAGUGCUCUCCUACAUCAGUGUCAGGCGCCUCACUCCUGCCCCCGCCAUCAUCUUUUACGGUAUUAUAGCGACAAUUUAUAUCAUCCCUGGCGAUAUAAACUCCUUAGUCAACUAUUUCAGUUUUGCUGCAUGGCUGUUUUAUGGGCUGACGAUUUUAGGACUCAUUGUGAUGAGGUUCACAAAAAAAGACCUGGAAAGGCCUAUCAAGGUACCCAUUUUCAUUCCCAUCUUGGUGACUCUCAUAUCUGUGUUUUUGGUUCUGGCCCCAAUCAUCAGUAGGCCUGCAUGGGAGUAUCUCUACUGUGUGUUAUUUAUACUGAGUGGCCUUAUAUUUUACUUCCUUUUUGUCUACUACAAGUUUGGAUGGGCUCAGAAAAUCUCAAAGCCUGUCACCAUGUACCUUCAGAUGCUGAUGGAAGUCGUCCCACCAGAGAAAGAAACUGAGUAACAAGUUCAUUGCUUGUAGCACAGUCAAGACUGUGAUGAAUUUAUUUUUAUGAGAAAAGUGAGAGCCAGAAUCCUGCUCAUGGGAUGGCUUGAUGAGAGAAUUUACCUUCAGUUCAAGCAGUAGCUUAAACGGAGGAUGUACAUAAGCUUGGGCAUCUGUGCUUCUGGUUUAAAAAAAAAAAAAAGAAUAAAGGUCUUGGGGCAGUCACUCAACAGUCAUGUUCUAUCAAUGUUUUUUCCCACUUCUUGGAUAAACUGAAAAACUGAUAUUGAGGGACAGGAUUUAAAAUUUCCCAACAGCUCACCUCCCCAACUUUUUAAAAUGAACAAAGCAUGCAGGGUAUUCUACAACUAUGCCUCCUGGCCUCCUACAUCUAAGUGGCAGUGACUAUACAUACUCCUCCCAAGAAGCUGGUAACCCUAGGUGCCACAACCUUUCAAAAGGAUCAAGUCAUGAAAGUUUUCAGGGCUCACUUCAUCCAGGUGUUCUCAUAGUUACUCCCAGAUACUGCAAAGGUCCCUUUUAAGUGUCCAAAAAAGAAAACUUUGUCCCAUUUGCCCUGGACUCUGCAAGUCCAAGGGGGCAAUUUAGAACCAGCACUGACACAUCCAGAAAGCCCUGAGUCUUCUGGUCUUCCUAAGGCAAUCCCAUACUGUCUUGGGGAAAAAAAUCAACUUGCUUGGAAGCUAUCAAGAUCUGGAGAAUACUGAAAGUUUUAGUACCCGUACACAGUGAUGGCGAAUCCUGACUAAUUCAAUCAAACUUGAAGGGCUCUGUUAAGCAGUUGUUGAACAUGAAUUUAUUUGUAAAAUGGAAGUCUCAUAUGCCUAACACUGGGUUUUAAGCAAUGUACCACCAAAUGCCUAAAUGAAAAAAGAAGUGGACUAAAGCCAGGCGUGGUUGUGCACGCCUGUAAUCCCAGUGGCUCAGGAGGCUGAGGCAGGAGGAUUACAAGUUUAAAGCCAGCCUCAGCAACUUAGCAAGGCCCUAAGCAACUUAGUAAGACCCUGUCUCAAAAAUAAAAAUUAAAAAGGGCUGGGGAUGUGGCUUAGUGGUUAAGAGUCCCUGGGUUCAAUCCCUAGUACCAAAAAAAAAAAAAAAAAAAGUACUAACUGCAUAUGGUGAGAUUCAAAUCUCAAAUGUCACGGUUUGUGCUUGUUCAAAUUUGUAUAUGUCUGGAUGAGUUAUUAGAGGCAGUGAAGCAGACUCUUGUACAAUCUGGGUUCUGCUUCUGACUCCAGAUCCUGCUUCCACCACCUUCGACAAUCUCAUAAUUUUUAACCUAUUGUUAAGUCAACUAAGAAUUCUCACCAGUACCGAUCCACUGCCACAAGAUGACACUUAGUAAUAAUUUAUCCUUCAGGCACAAAAAGGUUUGGCUAUGACUGCUUGUUUUCUUAAAGUCCAGUCACUUAGCAAUGUUUUUGUUCAAAGUCUUCCGGCCAUUCUUCUGGAUUUACUUCACAUUCUCAUUCACUCUCACUUCCGUCAUCCUCCGAAGUGAUGUCACUGUUUUCAACCACCUCUGCCACUUUGCAGGACAGGUUUUUAGAAUUUAUGACUAUAAAAGUUAGAUAAUAUAUAUGUUAACAAUAGUCUAUUUGGCAAAUCUUUGUUCCCCAUUAUUUUGGUCAGUGCAGAAAAUGUCCCUUGGGUUCUAGUUCAAUCUAGCCAUUUAUUUGAUAUUUCUAUUAUUUUAGGUAAGAAAUGAGCUGGUAAAAUUUGCUCAAAAAUAAAUUGUUCAUCUAGGUCAAAUGUCAUACAAGUGUUAUAAGAAAAAUGUGUUUAUUACCAAGAGGUGGUAAAUUCUCAUACCACAACAUUUAGCACCAAGAUCAAUCACAAAGAGAAAGCCAAUUUCUAAGGGCUUUAUACCAAAUAGCAUUUGCACAAAACCCGACUCCCUAAAGUCAGCAGAUAUGCACCACCCACACCAUGCUCAGGACCCUCAUCCCUUUAGGGAAUAGUUGUUUCACAUCUUACUCUUGGAGAAAGGGCUGUCUUCCUCACAUUCUUCCCAGUGAUCAAAGUCAAAUGCCACAUUAGGAUUCUGUUCAAUAAAACAGCUCGCAUAAGUGAACGAAUAUAAAACCCAUGGUGUGCAGACCAGUCAGCCACAGUGCGUUCAACUCACCCUCUGUUUGAGUAAGUUACACCAGGAUUCCCUUUUCUCUUUUGCAAGUGUGAUUACAGGCUCCUCAUUUUUAAUUACACACUUGCAUUCAUCUUUUCUUAUGUUGGCCUGCAGCUCCAUAUCAGCCAAGUAAAAUUUGUCUCCCACCCAGGCACUAGAUUUAUAAAAAGAAUAAAGUUAGCCUUCUAGCAUGUUGGAAAUUAUUUCUAUUUUAUUUUAUAAGCCAUGCAUAAACUUACCUGAAAAUGACUCUAUCUCUGAAGUAUUUACAUUUGUAAUCAUUUACAUUCCUUAUUCUUAUUUUCAAGAUGACGACAUCUUCUUUUUGGAACCACUUUACUUGUGGGUGAAAGCUAGAAGGAAAGAUAAAGGCUUACCAGUAUUUAGUCACCAAUUAAGGGGAGCAUGUGCUCUGGCAACAGGGAGACAUACCUUUUCAGGUGUGGCUGUGCACUUUUGCUAACAGAAGCAGCUCCUGUGUCUUCAGAUAAAGUGUCUGUACAAAACCAAAGUCAAAUUUUCCUACAGGUUAUUUAUAUACAACACAUACACAGUUAUAGGUACACAUACUCUUUUGCAACAUACCCAACAUUUAGACAAGGGAUUACAUAAAAGUAUAUAUUUCAUAGAAACCCAAUAUCCAGUUAUAAAGAAUAAUUAGAGGGCUGGGGUUGUGGCUCAAUGGUAGAGCGCUUGCCUAGCAUGUGUGAGGCACUGGGUUCUAUUCUCAGCACCACAUAAGUUAAAACAAAAAUAAUGGUCCAUUGACAACAAAAAAAUAUUUUUUAAAAUAAUUUUUAAAAAAUUAAAGAAAGAAGUCAAAGAAGACCUUAGAAGAUGAAAAGAUCUACCUUGCUCUUGGAUAGGAAGAAUUAAUAAAAAUGACCAUACUUCCAAAAGCACUAAUUUAAUGCAAUUCCCAAUGGCAUUCUUCAUAGAAAUAGAAAAAAACAAUCAUGAAAUUCAUCUGGAAAAAUAAGAGACCCAGAAUAGCUAAAGCAAUCCUUAGCAGGAAGAGUGAAGCAGGUGGCAUCACUAUACCAGACCUUAAACUAUACUACAGAGCAAUAGUAAAAAAACAGCAUGGUAUUGGCACCAAAACAGACUGGUACAUCAAUGGUACAGAAUAGAGGACACAGACACUAACCCACAAAAUUACAAAAGUGCCAAAAACACGCACUGGAGAAAAGAUAGCCUCUUCAACAAAUGGUGCUUGGAAAACUGGAAAUCCAUAUGCAACAAAAUGAAAUUAAACCCCUAUCUCUCACCACGCACAAAACUCAACUCAAAAUGGAUCAAGGACUUAGGAAUAAAACCAGAGACCCUGCAUCUAAUAGAAGAAAAAGUAGGCCCUAAUCUCCAUCGUGUGGAAUUAGGCCCAAAUUUCCUUAAUAAGACUCUUGUGGCGCAAGAAUUAAAAUCAAGAAUCAAUAAAUGGGAUGGACUCAAACUAAAAUGUCUCUUCUCAGUAAAAGAAACAAUCUGUGAGGUGAAUAGAGACCCUACAUCUUGGGAGCAAAUCUUCACACAUCAGAUACAGCACUAAUCUCUAGGGUAUAUAAAGAACUCAAAAAGCUAAGCACCAAAAAAUCAAAUAACCCAAUCAAUAAAUGGGCCAAGGACCUGAACAGACACUUCUCAGAAGAUGAUAUACAAUCAAUCAACAAAUAUAUGAAAAAAUGUUCAUCAUCGCUAGCAAUUAGAGAAAUGCAAAUCAAAACUACUCUUAAGAUUUCAUCUCACUCUAGUCAGAAAUGACAGCUAUUAUGAAGACAAACAACAAAAAAGUGUUGGCGAGGAUGUGGGGGAAAAGGUACACUCAUACACUGAUGGUAGGACUGCAAAUUGGUGCUGCCAAUAUGGAAAGCAGUAUGGAGAUUUCUUGGAAAAUUGGGAAUGGAACCACCAUUAGACCCAGCUAUCCCUCUCCUCAGUCUAUACCCAAAGGACUUAAAAACAGCAUACUAUCCAAUCAGAAUGGCAGCUAUUAUGAAGACAAACAACAAUAAGUGUUGGCAAGGAUGUGGAGAGAAAGGCACACUCAUACACUGCUGGUGGGACUGCAAACUGGUAUAGCCAAUAUGGAAAACAGUAUGGAGAUUCCUUGGAAAACUUGGAAUGGAACCACCAUUUGACCCAGCUAUCCCUCUCCUUGGUCUAUACCCAAAGGACUUAAAAACGGCAUACUACAGGGACACAGCCACAUCAAUGUUUAUAGCAGCACAAUUCACAAUAGCUAAACUGUGGAAGCAACCUAGAUGCCCUUCUGAAGUAGUUGUUUUUUUUUUAAUUUUUUAAUAUUUAUUUUUUAGUUUUCAGCGGAAACAACAUCUUUGUUUGUAUGUGGUGCUGAGGAUCGAACCCGGGCCGCACGCAUGCCAGGCGAGAGCGCUACCGCUUGAGCCACAUCCCCAGCCCCUGAAGUAGUUGUUUUAAUAAACAUUUAUUAAAUGGAAAAUCAAGUGAAUGGAUAAAGGCAGGAAAAAAAACAAGAUAAAAAUAAUUGCAAAGGACUAUAACAAUUUUAAAUGUUGUUUGUACCAAGAAAUAAAAAUUAAGGUGAAAUUAUUACUAAAGACUUAAAAUGCAGAUGUCAUAUGCUGUUGAGGUUAUGAUGAGACAGGAUUCUUACUUUCUGCUGAAGUGAAUAUCUAUUGUUUUGUUAUUUUUGGAAAGUAAUAAGGGCCUUAAAAAUGUACCUUGUCUCUUUGAAACAAUGAUUAAACUACACUUCUGGUGAUAUUUUUAAAGGAAAUAAUUAAAAAAACCAAAUGUAUUAUUUAUAGUCAUUUAAAAAAUGAGAAAAAAAACCCCACAUGUUCAAAAAUGCUUAUAUGGUUACAUCAAUUAGAAUAUAUUCAUGUAAUAAAAUGUUCUGCAGUCAUUGAAAAGAAAAUUUGUAAAUAAUAUUUAAUAGCAUGGAGAAAUAGUUAUAUUUAUAAUUUAAAUGAAAUAGCAUGAUAAAAUGUAUAAAAAUUGAUUUCAACUAUUAAAAAAUGUAACGAAAAGUAUUAGCAUGAAAUACAUCAAAAUGAUAAUAAUGGUUAUCUCCAGGUGGUAGGAUUAUGGAUGAUUUUUAUUUUCUUUAUAUUUUCCAAGUUUCUCACAAUGAGUUUUUAAUUAAUAUAAUAAUAAAUAGCAUAUUAUAAAACAUGGUACAUAUGCUUAUAAUUUAAUAGACAAAUAAAAUGUUUAAAAUUAAAAAAAAUUAAAAAUAACAAAAAAAAAGAAUACUACAAGGACACAGCCUCAUCAAUGUUUAUAGCAGCACAAUUCACAAUAGCUAAACUGUGGAACCAACCUAGAUGCCUUUUAACAGAUGAAUGGAUUAAAAAAAAUGUGGCAUAUAUACACAAUGGAAUAUUACUCAGCAAUAAAAGAGAAUAAAAUCAUGUCAUUUGCAGGUAAAUAGAUGCAGUUGGAGAAGAUAAUGCUAAGUGAAGUUAGCCAAUCCCAAAUAACCAAAUGCUGAAUGUUUUCUUUGAUAUAAGGAGGCUGAUUCAUAGUGGGAUAGGAGGAGGGAGCAUGGGAGGAAUAGACAAACUCUAGAUAGGGCAGAAGGGUUGGAGGGUUAGGGAGCGGGCACGGGGUUAUAAACGAUGGUGGAAUGUGAUGAUCAUUACUAUCCAAAGUACAUAUAUGAAGACACAAAUUGGUGUGAAUAUACUUUGUAUACAACCAGAGAUAUGAAAAAUUAUGCUCUAUAUGUGUAACAGGAAUUGUAAUGCAUUCUGCUAUCAUAUAUAAAAAUCUGCAUAUUUGUAUUUUAACAAUGUA